GAAAAACGGAGCGGUCCCGUGACGCUCCUUCCCGGAUCUCCUCCCAGCUCGGCAAGAGGAGCGGAGCGAGGCGGCAGCAUGCAGCAGCAGAGCCCGGCGCCGGCCGCCUUAGUCACCAGCAGGCCUGUUCAAAAUGCCCACACAGGAUUAGAUCUGUCAGUCCCAGAGUACCAGGAGAUCCGGGGGAAGAUGAUGUCUGGCCAUGUGGAAUAUAAUAUUGUGGUUGUUACCCAACUGCCUGCAUUCAAAUCAGCAAAGCACAAACGGGAAGAUGUCAUUCAGUUUAUGGUCUCAAAGAAAUACAGCGAGAUUGAGGAAUUUUAUCAGAAACUGGUUUCACGGUAUCCGCAAGCAUCUCUGCCUUCAUUGCCAAGGAAAGUGUUGUUUGUUGGGGAAUCUGACAUUCGAGAGCGAAGAGCUAUGUUCAAUGAGAUCAUGAGAUCCAUUUCCAAGGAAGCAGAUCUAGCAACAAGCCCUGAGUUACUGGAAUUCUUAGCAGGAACCAGAUCUGCUAAUGUGGUUGACUUCAGGGAUAAAAACCUUCCUGAUAAGGAAGAGGAAGAAAACGAAGCUUUUGAUUUCUUCAGAGAGGAAGGCGCAUCUGACAUAAUUCCCCAGUUCCAGUCCCUGAAAGAGCAAGGAGUUAAAAGUGCAAAAGAAGAAGAGGAUGAGGAAGAUGAUGUCGACCCUCUUGGCGUGAUCAAAUCUAAAAAGACCAAGAAGCCCUUGCCUUCACCUGCCAGAGAAAACAAGUCCAAGUUAACCAUUUUUGAUGAAGAACUGGAUCCAGACAAUGAACUGUUCAGCUCAGCUGAAGAUUUUUCAUUCACUGGCAACAAAAGGAUAUCAUCAGCCAAAGAAAAUCUGAAGUUAUUUGAAGAUCCUGACCUUGGUGGAACAGUAAGACUGGGUGACUCACUACUGUUGCCAGCAGCUGGUGUGAGCAGAGAACAUGCCAUAUCUUCUACCCUUGAAGAGGACACCAGUGAACUGUUGAGAGUGGAAGAGGAUUUUGAGAAAAUGUGGAACUUAAACACUAAACCGAAACCCAAGCCAAAACCCCAAGUGCCUCCUAAGCCAGCAGUACCAAAGAAGCCGACAAUGGAUCCAAAAGCUUCAAUAUGCACAGCCUCCAAGGUAAAGCCAACAGAAGCAAAGGUGCAAAGCAUGGGAGAGGUGGAUAUUCUCAAGUACAUUCAGGAAAAUGAAUUGCUGGACAGUGAAGAACCAAGCUUGUUUUGACCUAUCUCCUGUAGAUUCACUGCUUUUACCUUGACAUGCCCUUUUCAGGAAGAAAUUUCCUCAGCCUGCUGAAGAGGGACAACAGGUCUUGAUUGGAGUUUUGCCUCCUUGCCUGCUGGUCCAUUCUGCUUGGUGGUGCAAAGCAGUAAAUUAAUGAACUGGGUGUGUUUUUACUGCAGAGCAAUUACAGAGUAAUCAAUAAUGCCUUAUUUUAAAGAGAGUUUGAAGAGCCAGGUGGGAAUUGCAUUAAAAUAAGUGCAGUCAAGUUCUCUGUGGUUCAGUUACAGAUCAAGGUACAGCCACAUUGUGCAUAUAGCAGAGUUUUGCACAAACUGAUUAUUCAGCCAAUAGGGUAGAUGGCAUAAAGGGAACAGACCAUAUAGUAAGAAUGGGUUUGUGACACUGGGGAAUAAAGCAUUUUAAAAAAUGGAAA